ACUUGAGACAAGCAAUAGUUAAUCCCAUUUGUAUUUAAUGUUUCAGUGUCUCUUUUUCAAAUGGAAAGUGAAGGAAGUCUACUAUAAAUUGGCUCCUAAUUGGUGAAAGUAUACAUGGCAACUCAAACUCACCAUAUUGUUGAUAAGAAUUGAAAGAGCAAAGUAAAUAACAAGCCAAACCUGUAUUGUGUAAAGUUUAAGUAAAAAAGAAGAUAAAAAUAAAAAACCAAAAACAAACACAUGUUCAACAACCUAAUUAGGCGCCUACUGAUUGACAUCAAUCUUUAAUUUGAUUCCCUAAAUUUUGCCCCCUCGUUUUAUGUAAUUGUUGGUAAAAUAGCACAAUAAGCACUAAUGUGAAUAUUUUCACUCUUUAUGGCCUACUUUCCUUAUUUCUGACAUAAAUGUGGCUUAAGAGGGUAAUGUCUGGGACAGUGUUAGAUACUAUGUGUUCGAAAUUACUUGUUUAUUAACUUGGGGAAGAUCAUGUAUCGUAUUCAGAUAAGUAACCUUGCCUGUUUUAGAAAUAAACAAAAAUAUUGUCCUGCUAGAGUUACUGUAGUUAAUGAGUUCCCCAGAUUCAUUACCAUGGCACAUGUACAGAAAACCCCAGAGCAAGAUGUAUAAAAGGGGAGUCAGUCUUCCUGAACUGUAAAUAUGAAACCAGGUUGAACAAAGUGGAGAAAACCAUUGACCUCAUUCUCUGCUAAGGUGAUUGUGUGCAAAGAAAGACAAAAGGCAAGCCGCAAAGAGAAGAAAUCAAAAACAUCUGCUAUGAACUCCCUGAAUUCCACCCUCUCUCUAAAUACAACUUUUGUGCGUCCCCCGUUUUUUUUCAUCAGUGGUUUGAAUAACAUGCCCCAUGCCAAAUACUACUAUGUUUUCCUGUGCUUUGUUUUUGUGGUCACUGUGUUGGGGAACUCCUUUGUCAUGUUCAGUAUAUACAUAGAGCGCAGUUUUCACACCCCAAAGUAUAUGGCCGUGUUUAAUUUGGUUGUAGCUGACUUAGGUGAAAGCACUGCUUUUAUUCCAAAUUUUAUUGCAAUGUUCCUUUUCGAUUCACAAUACACCUCCUUUGACGCUUGCUUGGCCAACAUGUUUUUUGUGUUUUUCUUUGCCAGUUUGCAGUCUUUCACUCUUACCGUUUUGGCCUACGAUAGAUUGGUGGCAAUAUGCUUGCCACUGAGAUACCACGCCAUCAUCACAAUGCAAGCGAUGGCAGUGAUAUUAACAGUGGUGUGGGCAUAUGAUUCAGUCUUACUGAUUCUAAUGGUGUCUUUGAUUACCAGGUUGUCCUUUUGUAAAUCCAUUGUGGUAAAAAGCCACUUCUGUGAUCAUGGACCCAUAUACAAUUUGGCCUGCAAUGACAAUUAUAUCAAUCAUAUGCUGACAAUUAUUAACAUAGCAUUAUUACUUUAUGUACCCUUUAUUUUGACUGUACUAUCAUAUGUAUUUAUUGCUGGUGCAGUGUUUAAAAUAGCUUCAUGGGAAGGGAGAUUUAAAGCCAUUAAGACUUGUUCUGCACACCUAAUGCUAGUCGCUAUAUAUUACUUUCCAAUCAUGGGCGUCUACAUUGCUGCACUAACUUUAAAUCUUCCGCCUAACGUCAGGAUCAUGAGUACAUCAUUUGCAAAGGCCAUUACCCCCAUGAUGAACCCAAUCAUUUAUGUGCUGAACACUGAAGAGUUUAAGGAAUUCUUAAAAAAACUUUUCAAAAGAAAAAUAAAUAACCACAAUGGGAAAGAAAAUAUUAAAAUAAAGGAAUGAAUUGAUAUUACAGGAACUCUUAUUAAUGUAUUACAAACCCUGCAAUCUGUGAUU